AUGAGCUUGGGGUCAGAGCCGCCCGGCCAGGCCCGGGAGCGGCCGGACAUGGCCACAUACUGCGACGGCUUGGGGGCCUGCCCGGCCCCGCACAGCCAGGCCCGGGCAGCCUCCCACCCCACGGGCUACGGGCGCAGGGACCCGGGCGCAGCGGGCGUUGGCCCGCGCCUGUGGCUGAACACGCCGGCUCUCGGUCCCGCGCCCUACGCGCCCCCCAGCUACACCGCCCCGGGCCCGCUCCUGGGCGCCCCGGGCGGCCUGGCGGGCGCGGACCUGGCCUGGCUGGGCCUCCCGGGGCAGCAGGAGCUGCUGAGGCUGGUGCGGCCGCCCUACUCCUACUCCGCGCUCAUCGCCAUGGCCAUCCAGAGCGCGCCGCUGCGCCGGCUGACGCUCAGCCAGAUCUACCAGUUCGUGGCCGGCAACUUCCCCUUCUACCGGUGCAGCCAGGCGGGCUGGCAGAACUCCAUCCGCCACAACCUCUCUCUCAAUGACUGCUUCAGGAAGGUGCCCCGCGGCGAGGGCGACCCAGGCAAAGGCAACUACUGGACCCUGGACCCCAACUGCGAGAAGAUGUUCGACCACGGGAACUUCCGACGGAAGCGCAGGAGGCGCAGGGAGGCGGGCGAGGCGCUCCCGGGAGCCCGGGGUCCGGGAGUUGCCCGGACGCCGGUGAUGGAUGCCCUGGGCACGGGGUCCCCAGACCCGCAGGCCCCCGUGUCCCCGUCCGCUUCCGAGGCGGCCACCUGCUUCUCCGGCUUCGCCUCGGCCAUGGGCGCCCUGGCUGGCGGCCUGGGCGCCUUCCCCGGGGGCACGGUGGCGGGCAACCUUCCUUUCUCGCAGCCCGCGGUGGUGGCUGCGGACAGCCCCCAGCCCCCUGGCCCCUCGCCAGGCCGCCCCACGGGCCACCAGACCGCGGCCGCAGGCUUCAGGGUCAGUCACUUGGUCUACAGCCGGGAAGGGACCGGAGUUUGAAGGGAACCUGGGACUGUCCCCGUGUCCUGUCCAGAGGCGCUGAUGGAAGUGUCCAUCCCGUCUGAUGACAACCCCAGAGGUCAGGGCCCGAGGGACAGAGUCCCAAUGGCACUGAGCUGCGCAGUGCCCGCCUCUGGGUGCCCUGGCCUGUCGCAGGCCCCUCUCCCGGAAGCCACUCAGAUGGGGCAGGUGAGCUGCCCUGCUCCUGCUGCCUUCCCAGUGCUCGGACCUGGGCCCAUUUCCCUUAAAGGGAGGACAGGCUGGGGCUCAGCCGCCCCUCACCCUCACCGCGGUGUGCACUGGGAUGUGUAAGAGGGGCUUCCUAAUGUUCAAGGGGGGCUUCCUAAGGCCGAGGCUUCCGGAGGGGGAGGGGAGAAGGGCAGCUGGAUGAGGACAGUGCCUCCCUGACCGGCAAAGGCCGGGGAUUUCCAGUGAUUCUGGGAGAGCACCCUUCUUGUUCAGGACCGGACUCCAGGUGGAGAGGAAUGAGCAAGCCCCACAGGUGCCACAGGAGCUGGGCCACACGUGUC